AGAGACGUGUAGUGACGGCGGGCAGAAGGGAGGUUGAUGACAGCUAUCGGCACCAGUAUCUGAAAUUCAGCUGAGUAGGUCACAUAGGAUCACUUCAAAUGGCAUCAGAGGAUCAAAACAAGGAAAAAGAGGGGGGUCCUAACCUUCCGACAGCUCCUUUCCAAUGGGGAGCCAUCCUGUCUGCAGUGAAAGAUCAGAUUCCUUCAAUGGAUUCUGACACAUUAGUGUCUGAUUGCAAUGAAGAUGAUGGGGAGCUUUUCAUCUUCCAGCGUGAUCAACCCAACCUGGUUCCUGACUUCUCAGAGGAACUUGAAGACCUUCCUCCAGAAGAAGCACAAUUGCAGAAAACAUUUGAGUUUAUGAGACAUCCAAGAGAGACCUGGAAUGAAGAUGGAGAAGGUUUUGCUUUUCAGAAAGACAAGAGUCCUAGAGGACAUAUGUUACUAGACAGGGACGGAUUUGGUCUUGUGACUGAAGAAAAGUCAAACCAACAGGCCAUUGUUCCUUCAUUGUCCUCUACAAAUGAGCAUAAACCUGGAGAGGGAAUGUCAGGGGUCCCCAGAGACCAAGAACGAGAUGUCAGGGAAACUAAGGGGAGACUGAGCUGUUCACCUGAUACAUUACCAUCUGCGGAAGUGUCACCUUUUUUGAUGCUAAACACCAGUGAAAAAGAACGAAGGAAACUAAUAGAAACUAAAAUUCUCUCCAAGGCGACAUUGGGACCCCCUUCUGGAGAACUAGGUCAUCCCCAAGCGAAAAACAAUAACAACAAUUUAGAAAUUGCAGAGCAGGAGCCAGGAGCUAUUUCAGCUGAACACCCCCGAGAGCUGAUGCUGUUUGCCUUCAAGGACAUUGAGAAGUGGAAUCUAGACAAGGUACUACAGGACCUGGAGAAGCAAAGUGGCGAUAGAAAUUGUACAGUGGAGGCUGCUUUUUCUUCAGUGAACCAUGAAGCUCUCAGGGCUCAGUCACAAACAAGGCUCAUGGGAAAGCUGGAAGAGCUAUGCCUCAAGCAGUCAAGGGCAUUUUUCUCACACCGCAGGAGGUGCCUUGCCAAGUUUCCCAACUUCAAUGAGUGCCAGGGAGAUGGGAGAGACGUACCCAUCCUGGCGUCAUGGACGAACGGCCAAAGCCUUCCUCCAAUUGAACUGCAACGUUUUCCAGAGCCGCCAACAGUAUAUAUUGAUCUAAGGGACACAACAUCUCAGAAGUCUGAGCCAUUGGCUGAUGAACAGCAAAGCUGGAGCAGCAGCUCCACAGAUGAGGAGGAGGAGGAGGAGGAGGAGAAGGAGGAAAUGGAAGUGACAGACCGAGAGAAAGUGGAAGAGGGGAUGAAAGAGUUUCCCCAGCCAUCACGCAAGGGUUGCACUGCGAAAAGCUUUCUGCUGCAGCAGCUCCGUUACUUUCGCAAGACAUCUCAGUCUUCAUCUGUUGCUCAGGACAAGGAAAAGUGCCAGAAUCUCAAGAGCUCAGAAGAAAAUGACCAGCUGGGAGUCAGGAGAAGACAGAGCCUAAAACUGAGGAGACUGACCUCCACGGGGCCAGGGAAUUCAGAAUCUAGUGCAAGAAGCUUCCGCGCUCUGGAUCUUAACAGUGUGGCGAGGAGCUCAAGAGAACUUAAGGAAGAAACCAAAGAAGAGUCAAACAGAGAGACACCUCGAGACUUUGCAGACAAAGACACAGGACACCCAAGGACAGAAGAAAGCCAAAAAGAAAAGCAGGCAGAAGAGAAGCGCAGGAAACAGAGCCUCAAGGAGCAGCUGGAAAACUUAAAACCUCAGCACUCCACCACUGGAAAGCAGCCCAUGGCAGAACAGACCCCUGUCUUAUUCCAUACGGAGGCCUCCUACCUUGCCCCUGUCAACACGCUGCCCACCCCAAAAGGCGCCAAAAGAGAGAUGCUGCUCAUGACCAUUUCGUUAUCUAGCUGCGGACAGGUUGCCCCUUGCUGCCAGCAGACCAGCUUCUUUCCUGGAACCCCCUUGGCAGCAGCAGCUAGCAUCUACCCUGCAGUUGUGACCUGGCUCCUGUCUUUGGUACCCUGCCUGGGAGCCAGAGGAGAGAGCAAAGCACCAUUCCAAGUCUUGGGGUUGCAGCAGACCUGGUAUAAGGAUGCCCUGGCACUCCACGCUUGUUUAACGCCAGUCAGCGAGUCGGAAGUCCACAGCGGUCGGAAGCAUGAACCCAAGAACUCCCUCCAGGGAAUGUCUCUGUUCCAUCAGCAGAUCUCCAUGUUUCUCUCUCAAACGUCUCUCUUGGAUGUUAUCUGGUGGAAAGCACAACUGGACAGUCACAUGCAGAAUCAGUCAUACCCCUUCCUUCCUGAGAUUCCUCCCAUCCACUUCAGCCACUUUGCUACCCUUAACUCAGACCCCAUGGCGCUGGAGAAGGCCUUUGCGGUGCCAGCUGGGUUUUACUGGCAGACCGUAGAGACGGAUGAAAAAUACUUCCCCAGCAGCAGUGAUAUCAGGGAGGGCAGCGACACGGAUAGUGAGGUUGCCAUGGCGCUGCUGUUUGAGACCCUGCUCAGAAGCCCCCUGGCUGUCCAUCACACACUCCAGCUGAUUCUUGCCUCUGGUUUGGAUAUCUGUGGAUUCCGCCUGCUCUACCCACAGCCGAACAUGUUCCUCUCUAGCACAGUAACACCACCUUCUUGUUAUACCCAAGAGAAAGAGCCCUCUGUGCUAGCACUGAGCCUGAGAGGGCCGAGAGCCUAUGGCAUCCUGCAAGAUAUCAUGGGCCCCUCUGAUGCGCAGCUGGCCAGAGUUACGGACUGCCGCUCGAUCAGCGCAAUCUAUGGUUCAAGCCGAGCCGAGCCCUUUGCCUACCUCCCUCACAUGGAAAGCCGAGUACAUAGGGAGCUGUGCUUCUGGUUUGGAGGGAGGGUGAGCUGCGAUGGGACGCUUCAUGGUGGAGUUCCAAAUCCUGUUGGCAAACGCAGCAAACUAAGACUUCCUAGGCCUUCACUCCACAAGGCAGAUGCUGACCAAGAACCAAGCAACUUGCAGGACGCUACAGCCUUAUGGCCUCCAGUGGCUCUUGUCUCCACCACCAAAGGUUGUUCUUGCAAAGCAAAUAUUGCACAAGAAAUUGAAUCUCCUUUCCUUGCAGAACUCUUCUUUCAUGCAGCCACCACUUCUUUGCAGUAG